CACGUGUCUCACUUGCUCACACGUGUCCUUCCACGCGGACAGAGACCCACCACGCCCACCAAGGACAAGCGUCAAGCCAAGCCAAGACACACCAUGGCUCCUAUGAAACUCUCGAUAUCAUUCAUUGCCGUGCUCAUCGCCGUCUUCGACGGCGUGGAUGGCUUCGUGGGACCGGUGCCAGUUGGCACGAGGGCUCGUGUCGUCCGCCGAGCAAUGGCAACAAACGGCUUCCACAGCACCACCAGAGUUCAGGGACGAUCGCUGCCGCGGGCACAAGAGCCCUUGAGGCGACAGGCUUCCAUGUCAGCAGCUCCCGACAAGAUGCCAUCCCCGGGAAUCAGCGGGGAAGAGGGUGCACCGCAGAAAGGGGGCCGGCUCUCGCGCAUCUCUGGGCGCGUACGGAAGAUAAUCCGCAGGGCUGUGAUGGGCUACCUCCCCGAGGAGGAGGUGUCCUACAAGCAGAGAGCAGAGGAGCAGGAAGCGGCGGCGGCGAAACUGCGCGGCGAGCCGGAGAUUGCGGAUGAGCGUCUACGGGACGCCUCUAUCGCGGCCAAGGCCGCAGCAAUCGAAGCCGUCGAGGAGUCGUUUGUGCAGGGCUCGUUUACGGGCAACGAGGGCGAGGAGGACGACUGGCUUGCCAACAACGACUUCGUGCAGCUCAACAUCGGAGACGAGAGUCCAAUGGAAAUUGAGGAUAAGCUAGCCAGCCUGCGGAACAGGCUCGAACAGGGCUUGCCGCCGGACACGGCUCAGGAGCAGGCGGAGAAGAGACGCCGCGCGAUGGAGCAGCAGAUGAGGCGGCAAUCAUCAUCGAGACCACCAAGCUUUGAUGGAGACACGGCGGUGGCGGAGAGGCCCUCGUCGAACCUCGACGCACGGCAGGCGAACGAGGGUGGCAUGAGACCACAGGCACCAAAGGAGGCUCCCAAGAUGGCUUCCGCUGAAGACGUGGAGCGGCUAAACCGCAUGUUUGGCUCCAUGGGUGGCGAGCCCUUGCGCUAAACCGAAGUCUGUAGAACGAUAGCGUUAGCGGUGCGUUGACAAGAGUAGGUUUGGCAACGUCGGUGCGUUGGGAUGGCCGCAGGGUCUUCGGUGGGUUGACAAGAGUAGGUAGGUUUGAAAACAUCAGGGUAUGUCGGCGUUGGGAUGGCAGGAGGGCGUCAUCCAACGUAUCUGUCCCAUUUGCAGGCCUGAUGAUUGUCAUGAAGACCGGAGAUGAUUUUGUGUGGGCGGCAGUUCUCUGUGCCGCCCACAGUGAAGCAUCUGGUUAGCCGGAAUGACCUCCUUCGAAGCACUUGAUAUCUUGUUGUCAUGUUGGUGGAGUGCCCACCAUAUUUUUGUUGCAUUUGUUAUCGAGGAUAUUGGCGACAUGCAAUC